UCCUCCGCUUGAUCGGACCCGGCCGCCGCCCGCGCAGGACCAAGGAUCGCGGCUUGCAGCCCGGACCGUCCGUUCCUCCGCUUCCCCGACACCCGUCCACGCUGGUGGUGCAAGAAUCAUUUGGAGCGCACUGGGAGCCUUGUAUUUCCACAGGAGCCUUGCAGGCCUGAGUUCCUGAUGCAAUUCCCGGGAUGGAGUUUGACAGCGAGACCACCCUGGUCCCUUGCGGGCAAGACAAAUUCAUCUCAAAGAAUGAACUUCUGUUGCACUUGAAGACGUACAACCUGUACUACGAAGGUCAAAACUUGCAGCUUCGGCAUCGAGAGGAAGAAGGUGAGUUCAUUGUGGAGGGGUCCUUGAACAUCUCCUGGGGUCUCUGCCGGCCCAUCCGCCUCCAGAUGCAGGACGACAACCAGCGCCCGCCCCCUCCUUCCUCCUCCUCCUGGCACUCUGGCUGCAACUUGGGCGCCCACGGGUCUGUCAUUAAACCCACGACUUUGCCUGAUAUUCAGGUCACGGAGGCCGAGCCCACAUCCGAAGGGGACACCGCGGAUGAGAAAGCAGAGGACAACGAGUUCAAAGCUCAACUAGAAGAGACGCCCCAACUCAUGCGGACACGGAGCGACGUGGGCGUGCGCCGCAGAGGGAACCUUCGCACCCCCAGCGAACAGCGGCGGAUCAAGCGCCAUCGCUUCUCCAUCAACGGGCAUUUCUACAAUCACAAAACGUCCGUGUUCACCCCAGCGUAUGGCUCUGUCACGAAUGUCCGAAUCAACAGCACCAUGACUACACCACAAGUUCUGAAGCUGCUCCUCAACAAAUUUAAGAUUGAAAACUCAGCGGAAGAAUUUGCUUUGUACAUUGUACACACCAGCGGAGAGAAGCAGAAGCUCAAGGUCACAGAUUACCCACUGAUUGCCCGGAUUCUUCAGGGGCCGUGUGAACAGGUUUCCAAGGUUUUUUUGAUGGAGAAAGACCAGGUGGAAGAAGUCACGUAUGAUGUUGCUCAGUAUAUUAAAUUUGAAAUGCCUGUUCUAAAGAGCUUUAUCCAAAAACUUGAAGAAGAGGAAGACCGGGAAGUGAAAAAAUUAAAGCACAAGUAUUCGGUGCUGCGUAUAAUGAUUGAGCAGCGGUUAGAAGAAAUCUCUGAUGGCCCAGCAAUGAUGUAAAGGCUUGAUUUGAAAGACUGAGGCCUCCUGGGCCCUCCCGGUCCCCAGCCAGGCAUCCUGGACACAGACUUCCUAGAGAAGACUCCUUCACUCGCUCUUAGGAACAAGGAUGUCUCUUCUUCCAGGAAAAGGACUUGGAGCUGCUUUGAGCAUCAACUGUCUUUGCUCCUUCUUUUAACCACGGUGAACUCAGUGGAGAAUCUGGGAAGACGGGGAGGAUACCUCUUAGCACCAAGUGUUGAGAACGAGACAUCUCGACGUCUUUUGGAGCCGAUGCUGGUAUUGGAGGAUCGUCCUUGGAACCAGGCCUGCUGGAUGAGAGUUCUCCAGAAGUCAUCCAGAAGUUCCUUCCGCAGAGCAGUUCUUUCCUUCUCAAACCCUUUUAAAGCAGGGGUCACCAACCUUGGCAACUUUAAGACUUGUGGACUUCAACUGGAGUUGAAGUCCACAAGUCUUAAAGUUGCCAAGGUUGGAGACCCCUGCUGUAAACAGUUAUCCAGGAUUGGGGGAGGAUGAUUUUGGGAGGAUGGGGAGAAGAGAGAUGCUUAAUGGAAAACCGAGUUUUCCCUUCCCUUGACGUCUGCAGCUUAGCAGUACUAAAUAUGGACCUUUCGUGAAGUCAAAGUAUUAAAAUGCUUUGAAUUCUUCACCUUGUCCAUCCCUCCACAUCCAACCACCCAGGUCUGGCCUCUUGUGAUCAUCUCCCCUUCCCACCAUGCUCAUUGCCAUGUUUGUAAUGGCUAUGUUGGCACAACUCCUGACCUUGACCCCAGGAGGGUCUCCUUCUGAACUGAGUCUUGCCUUCUCUCCAACUUUCCUGCCUUGGCUUCCAAGUCCUCUAAAGCAACUUCAAGAGACGAAGUUGCCUGCCCAACAUAGGAAAUCUGCUCAGUUCAUUUGGUUCAUCGGUCAAGGCUCCCCAGAUGGGUACAGGACGUAGAGCCUCCAGAAAUCAAAAAUAGCAAGAGCAAUAGACUUAUAUACCGCUUCACGGUGCUUUCCAGCCCUCUCUAAGCAGUUUACAGAGUCAGCCUCUUGCCCCCCCCCCCCCCCAACAAUCUGGCUCCUCAUUUGACCCACCUCGGAAGGAUGGACGACUGAGUCAAAAAUACUUCCUUGCCCUUCCUUUUUUGCCUCUACCUUUCUCCAAGCAACUGUUUCUUCUCUUCACGUUCGCCUGUUGUUCCUCAAUAUUUCGAUGUGAUAUGGUACUCAUUUUGUCCCAGGUUUGUGAAUUCCCUGACUGUGGGUGGUGUUGGCUGCUGGCAGCUGGGCUCAGGAACUCUGACCCUUUGCAAGUCCUUUCCUCGAGGGGGCUUCUGACAAGACCACCCUGCUCUUCGGCAGCCUUGCUUCUCAUAAAUCCCAAAGUUGUGUGGUGGCAUCUCGGCCAUGCGACCUUGGCCCUUUUGGUCAGGGCCUCUGGAUACUCUCUGCUGCCACAGACUGUGGAAACUACGAGCAGGGUCAAUGAUGUGGAAUAAUAGCUAAGUAAGCAAGCAUGCUUGGUCCCUGGCCUUUCGAACAUGUCCCUUCCACCUUAAAUACGACACAUGGGUUAUUCUCAGGAAUGCCAAAAUUCUGCACAAUGUCUGGCUUUGCACAAAAUUUCGAUUUAGGCUAACAGGUUAGGUUGCUUGUGAGAACGCAGCCAUUGUCUUGGGAGUGAAACCAUGGCCUGCACCACAAGAUGGCUUAUAUUUGGGGCAUUGCAUGAGAUGUGAACCAUUCUUUUGACCAAAUGAUUUGGACUAACCUGUGUGAACCUAGGAUGCCAUUUUCCACUGAGUUACAUCACAGAUUUUUGGUGGCGGUCCUCAGCGCUGAUAGGCAGCAACCCUCCAGAGAGCUGGACUCUUUCAGAUCCACCUGGAGACUCCACAGAUUGACCCUCGGGUCUUCUCUUUGCAAAGCAGAUGUCUUUGGUGUCUGCCAUGCUGGAUGAGACAGGAAUGUUGUGGUCCAAUACACUGGAGUGCAUCAAUUUUAUAAAGGCCAUAUGGAUCACAGGAAAUUGGGGUGGGAUUUAAUAGAUAUGCAACUCCCAUUAAUUGAUCAUUAAAAAGAUAACUGGUUGUAGUUAAAAUGAUGAGCUGUAAUAGGUAGCCAAACAACAGAUGCUUUAGAAGCUAUAUUCACUCCUUCUCUCCUACUUCUGUGGGACUUCGUUUUGGUCUAUAUAUAUAUUUAUCCAAGGAGUGUCUGUGGAAUGUGUCAAUGGUGAAGCUUCAAAUUUUUUGUAACUCCACCUUCCUGAAGCCCCACUGAAGCGAUGAGACCCUUGCCCAGAUAGUAAAGGCCUGGGAGCUGCAUGUUUCUGUUGCUACUAGCUCACCUUCUAAUAUCACUUUACUCCUAAAUUGCACUAGACUGUGGAAACUUUGGAAAAAAACCCCAAUCUUUUCUAUCUCUUUCUCUUCUAACUAGCCUCCUGACAUCACCGUACUCUUAAAUUUCACUAGAUCGACUGUGAAAUGUCUGGAAAAAAACCCCCAAUAUAGAUAAAUCUUGUGAAAUUUACCAGUAGAAGGAUGUUAGGAGUAAAGUCAUAUAGAUAUAUAUGCCAAAUAUCACAUGCACAGGAAAGUUACAGCAAUAAUUUAUACCGAAAUGUCUCUCCCCCCUCCCUUUUUUUGUUUGUUUUUGGAGAGAUUUAAGAACAAAAGAGCACAAACUAAAUUCAGCAUCUUUCAAGGAAAGAAGUUUGGAAGUGAGUGACUUCCUUCAGGGGAUGAAUAGCACAAAGCUAGUUGUAGCCGCAAUUGUGAUCUGUAUGCUCUGUUUAGUCAAAAUUAAAUUCCUCGUGUCCUUUGUUUUCCUUUGGCUUAGGCCUGGAGAUAAUGUGCAUUGGGCAACGGGGUGAUUUUGUUUUUCCCUAAUAAAAUAUGUCUUGUGUAGGAAGAAA